AACCACGCAAGCAUAAUCCUGCGUCCAGAUAUCCUCGAGCAACAGAUUGAUGUAGUUUAUUUGCCCGUGAAUGAAGUUAAUAAAACGUUUUGGGGCAAAAAGCUUUCUUAGCAUAUUUCGACACCCCAAAGAUGCCUCACAAUUCAGAAGAUGUCCGUAAAAAAUUCAUUCUAACCACAACUGGAAACUUCUUUGGGAUAACGCCUUCAUCUUCCCUGACUGACAGCAUAGAGCUCAACAACUUCCUGGAUGAUGGAAAUGAAUUUGUUCUGUCUGUCACCAGACAUGGUGAAGACCUUCACUUUUCGGAUAAGAUUGAAGCGUCGGGGGAGCACAGAGAGAAGGUGUUGGUGUUCUUCAAGCUGCAUCCCACAGUGAUCACAGAAGAAAACAUUCACCAGAGCCUCCUUGUGUCCUCUAUGCUGGAGUCUCCCAUUAACACUCUCUACCAGGCUGUGAGACAAGUCUUUGCACCUGUACUGCUAAAGGAUGAGCGAUGGAGUUCAGCGUUUGACCCGAAGCUUGCAGGACUGCUGAGUGAGUUGGAACUUGGUCUGGGCUCAGUGGUCCGUCAGUCAGGAGCACAACCCUCUGCUAAGAAGGGCCAAAGAGAGGAAGACGUCUUCGGAAUCCUGACUCCAUAUGAUGAGUUCCAGUACUGGGCCAACACCUCCGAAUCUGCCGAGAAGAACAGUGCACGAGACAGAGCAAAACAUUUCACUGAGCUAUUCAAAUCCAUACAGAAGGAGUACAGCGGUCUUGAUGGCUUGUCCAUGUCUGAUGUUGUGGAUCUGAUUGAACAGAGCAGAGACUCCCUUGAUGAUGUGUGGCGGCAAACUGAUUUUGAGCCUUACCCAGAAACACGCAUGGUACGACUCAUGGAUGUCAUUGGUGGUGUCCUUGGAAGAUAUGUGCAGAGGAAGCUGAGCAAUCUUAAAAUAUUUGAGGAGCCAUUUGUUUCAAUGAGAGAGAGCCUGAGAACAGGUGUUGCCAUCUGUGAACAGUGGGUGGUAGCCUGUGAACAUCUGACUGGACAGGUGUGGAAGAGGCACGCUCCCCAUCCGUGGAAGGGAAAAAAACACUGCCCACAAACCCUUCAUUGCCUUGCAAAAAGAUUAGAUGAGGUGGUAACCUUGCGCAUGGUUCAUGAGAAGUUACUGCGGUUGCUACCAGGAGGAAAGCAGCAGGCUCUCACCUCAGAUCGUGUGUUUGAACCUUUUUCUGGGCUCAAUGCUCUGCAUUACAACCCCUACACUGAGCCUCUUUGGAGAGCAGCAGUGGCUCAGUUUGAACGUCUGAUGGCCCCAUCAGAACAGGAAGUCGCUGGCAGACUAAAGAGCUACAUUGCUGACAUGGCUGACAAGCCACAACAGCUGUUACAGUUGUUUCAAAAACACAAAGAGUUGAUCAAACGUCCCACCAUCAGCAAAGAGCUACAAUCAGAGAGAGAAACUUUACUGGCCCGAUUACUGGACUAUAACAAAGACCUGAAGAAUGACUUUGAGAGUCGUUGCCAUGGAGACCCUGGUGACAAGUCUGGGCCACUUAUUGGCAGGAACCUCCCUGAGGUGGUCAAUAGAACCGUUUGGGUUCGACAACUUAUUCACAAGGUUGAGGACUCGGUUCGAAUCGCAGAGGCCCUACUUUCAGACCUGUCUGCGUUUAAAGGGUUCCUGCAUUUCUGCGAUGACCUGCAGGAGGUUCUUAAGGCGUAUGAACAGGAGCAGUUUGAGGACUGGUCAAGAGAUAUACUGUCUGGACUAGCUGACCCUAAGUCAGGGAUCAGUCUACAGGCCAGUAACCGUGUGAUGGACCUGGACCAUGUGGAUGGCAGGUUAAAGAUCCAGUAUUCAGACAGGCUGGUCAGUCUGCUCCGGGAGGUCAGACAGCUCUCUGCCCUGGGUUUUCCCAUCCCAGCCAAGAUACAGCAGGCAGCUAACACCGCAGACAAAUUCUACAGACAAGCCAUUGUUUUAAAACAGGUGGCCCAUUUCUACAACACCAUUGAUCAGCAGAUGGUUCCCUCUCAAAGACCAAUGAUGCUUGGUCUUGCCCUGGCCUUUGAACAGGUCAUCAAGAAUCCUCGUUCUCAGUCUAAGGAAGCAGGUGGUAAACUGCAGAUAACCUGGGACAACCCCAAAGAAUUGGAAGCCUACAUUACCAAACUGCAGUCAGCUGCUGAGAAGCUCUCCACUGAAAACAGAAAGUUGCGCAAGUGGCACACUGACUUCAUUGACAAGGUUGUGACACUCAUGAAUGUGGACUUACUGAGGCAUCAGCAGCGGUGGAAGGAUGGCCUUCAGGACCUCCGUACUGGCUUUGCAACUCUGGAGGCCCAGGGCUUUAGGCCUGAUGAUAUGCAGGCAUGGCGUCAGCACUGGAAUCAUCAGCUUUACAAAGCUCUUGAACACCAGUAUCAGACAGGUCUGGAAGCUCUGAACAAGAACCUGCCUGAAAUAAACAUAGAUCUCACUUUCAAGCAGGGCCGUCUGCAGUUCCGUCCUCCAUUUGAGGAGGUGCGAGCACGUUAUUUCAGGGAGAUGAAGCGGUUCAUCUCAAUCCCAAACCAGUUCAAAGGGGUCAGUGUCCAGGGGGAGGAGAUGAUCUUCAGCGUUAUGAUUGAUAGAAAUGCCUCUGGGUUCCUCACUAUCUUCAGCAAGGCUGAGGACCUCUUCAGCCGUUUGCAAGCUGUUCAACACAAGUUCAAGGAGUGGGUGGUGCUGGGCCAGGUUGAUUUAGAGAGGUUAGUGGAGAAGCAUCUGAGUUCUGUGCAAGACUGGGAGAGAAAUUUCAAGGCCCUGAAAGCCAGAGGAAAGGAGUCAGAACGUCUACCCAGUCAGGAGAAAGUUGACUGUAUUACAGUCAACUGUGAGCCAGUUAAAGCUGUGAUUGAUGACUUGAUCCAGAGGCUGUUUGACAUUCUUCUGUUAUCACUCAGAAGGUCCAUACAAGGCCACACACAAGCCAUAGACAGUUUUGUUUCAGAGUCAAUGGCGACCUUGUCCACUCGACCAGAGAGCAUGGAGGAAAUUGGCACAGCCCGUGCUAAAUAUACCCAGAUACUUGCCCGCAAACCUGAAAUCCUACCUGGGUUCCAGCAUGUCGAGGAGAAGAAUCGUUUGCUGCGAGCAGUGGCCGGGGCUAGCCUUGACUCGCUGUCUUCUCUGAGAGCCAAGUGGGACAAACUAGAGCUUAUUAUGGAGAGCCAUCAGCUCAUGAUUAAAGAACAGGUGGAUGUGAUGCGAAGUAAUGCCGCAGGGCAUAUCAAUGCUUACAGGUCAGAUCUGGAGCGCUUUAAGGCUCGCUGGGAUCAGCUUAAGCCUAAGGAUGAGAUGCUUGAAACCAGUGAUCAUGAUGCCCUCCUUGCAUGUCUCCAGACCAUCAAGGACAAGCAGCAGGAGUUUCAGGAAUUGGAAACUGUCCGCAGCAAACUGCUUGAGGAUUGUACCUAUUUUGAUUUGGAGGCUCCAGACUUCUCUCUGGCAGAAGAAAUAAAAAGCGACAUGGACGAGUACAGCCAGAUGUGGGGUCUUUAUGAGGAGUGGCAGCAAGGCUUCCUAGAAAAGGCCCAGGAGGACUGGAUCACAUUCAGAAGUAAGACAUAUGUGUUUGAGGAGUUUCUGAUUACAUGGCAAGACAGGCUCAGGAAGUUGGAGCAGCCCACUGCAAUGUCUAUUAAACUGCAAGGAGAGGUGGACAAAUACAAGAACAUGGUCCCAGUCCUGAAGUAUGUGCGAGGGGAGCACCUGUCCCAGGACCACUGGUUGGACAUGUUCCGUCUGCUUGGCCUUCCAAGAGGGACGACGUUAGAGAGACUCACAUUUAAUGACCUUCUAGGUGUGGCAGAAACCAUCAUUGAAAAGGCUACAGAGCUAAAAGACUUGAACAGUCGAGCUCAGGCAGAAGUAACAAUCAGAGAAGCCCUGAGGGAGCUGGAUGUUUGGGGGGCUGCAGCUACCUUCAACCUCACAGAGUACAUAGACAGCAACAAACGCCCUCUCACCCUCAUCAAGGACUGGAAGGAUAUAGUCAACCAGGUGGGAGAUAACCGCUGUCUACUUCAGUCUCUGAAAGACUCUCCCUACUACCAUUGCUUUCAAGACAAGGUCAGUCUGUGGGAAGUUCGUCUGUCAGACUUAGACGAAUACCUGCUCAAUCUGAAUACCAUCCAGAGGCGUUGGGUAUAUCUGGAGCCGAUUUUUGGGAGAGGGGCACUGCCCCGGGAAGAGGCCCGGUUCAAAAGAGUUGAUGAAGACUUCAGGUCUAUUAUGUCAGACAUUCAGAGAGACAACAGAGUUGUUUCUCUGAGCUCAAGAGCCGGCAUCAGAAACUCACUUGUCACCUUACUGGAUCAGCUGCAGCGCUGCCAAAAGUCACUUAAUGAGUUCCUCGAGGAGAAGCGCUCUGCCUUCCCCAGGUUCUAUUUCAUAGGAGAUGAUGAUCUGUUAGAGAUUCUUGGUCAGGCAACCAACCCAGCUGUCAUCCAGUCACACCUCAAGAAACUUUUUGCAGGUAUUCACAGUGUUGUGUUUGAUGACCAGUGUCAGAAUAUUGUCGCCAUGUGUUCUCUGGAGGGAGAAGUCGUCCCACUCAGAAACCUUGUACACAUCUCCAGCCUUGUGGAGGCGUGGUUAAGUGAGCUGUCUGUGGAAAUGAAGGAGACUCUGAAGCACUUGCUUUUUGAAUGUUUGUCAGCAGCAAAGAAAGGAGCAAUUGACCCCUCACGCUACCCUUCCCAGAUUCUGUGUUUGGCUGAACAAAUCCAGUUUACUGAGGAUGUGGAAAGAGCUCUAAGAGAGCAAAAUUUGCAGCAGCUGGAGUUGGAGCUCAAUGCCAAAUUAGAGCACUACACUACAGUGGACACCAGCCCUGAUCACACUAACACAGAAUCCAGUGUCUUGCAGCUGAAGCUAAAGGCUUUGAUUCUUGACAUUAUCCACAACAUCAGUGUGGUGAAGCAGCUGAACCAGGCAGGGAUUACCAGCCCUAAUGCCUGGGCCUGGAAGAAGCAGCUUCGCUUCUACAUGGGACCAGAUAAAUGUUGUGUCAUACACAUGGUGGAUGCACAGUUCAGCUAUACAUAUGAAUACCAGGGGAAUGCAGCAAAGCUGGUGCACACUCCCUUGACUGAUAAGUGCUACCUGACCCUGACCCAGGCCAUGAAGAUGGGGCUUGGGGGUAACCCCUACGGGCCUGCUGGCACUGGCAAGACUGAGUCUGUCAAAGCCCUGGGGGGACUGUUUGGACGCCAGGUGUUGGUGUUCAACUGUGAUGAGGGUAUUGAUGUGAAGUCAAUGGGACGGAUCUUUGUGGGCUUGGUGAAGUGUGGAGCUUGGGGCUGCUUUGAUGAGUUUAAUCGCUUGGAGGAGGCAGUGCUGUCUGCAGUGUCCAUGCAGAUCCAAGCCAUUCAAGACUCCCUUAAACAUCACAAGAACACAUGUGAACUUCUUGGAAAAGAGGUGGAAUUGGACCCAAACUCUGGGGUUUUUAUCACACUGAACCCAGCAGGAAAAGGUUACGGAGGCAGACAGAAACUUCCUGAUAACCUGAAGCAGCUUUUCAGGCCUGUUGCCAUGAGCCGGCCGGACAAUGAGCUCAUUGCGGAGGUCAUCCUCUACUCUGAGGGCUUCAAAAAUGGAGAAAUAUUAGGCAGAAAAUUGGUUGCAAUCUUUAACCUGGCUAGGGAGCUGUUGACCCCCCAGCAGCACUAUGACUGGGGUUUGCGUGCUCUGAAAACAGUGCUGAAGGCCUGUGGGAGUCUUCUUCAGCAGCAGAGAAGGAGUCAUGACAAGGACAAGAUUCAGGAGAGCAGUCUGGUGGUGCAGGCAUUGAGAUUGAACACCAUGUCCAAGCUGACGUUUGCAGAUAGUUCCCGGUUCGAUGCUCUUGUGAGAGAUGUCUUCUCUGGGGUUAAUUUCACUGAUGUGGAGGACCAGAUACUCAUGCAUGCACUGGAACAAGUCUACAAGGAGGCACGGCUUGAGCUCAUACCAAGCCAGCUGAAGAAAGCAUUGGAGUUGAACGAACAGCUCAGACAACGCAUGGGAGUAGUUAUAGUGGGGCCAAGUGGAGCAGGGAAGUCUACACUCUGGAGGAUGCUAAGAGCUGCUCUCAGCAAGACAGGGAAAAUGGUAAAGCAGUACACAAUGAAUCCUAAGGCCAUGCCCAGACAACAGCUGCUUGGACAAAUAGACAUGGAUACAAGAGAAUGGUCUGACGGUGUCCUCACACAUAGUGCAAGGAAUGUGGUCAGAGAACCACAGGAGGUGAGCUCAUGGAUUGUGUGUGACGGGGAUAUUGACCCAGAGUGGAUUGAGAGCCUGAACUCUGUGCUUGAUGACAAUCGAUUGUUGACAAUGCCAAGCGGGGAACGUAUCCAGUUUGGACCCAAUGUGAACUUCUUGUUUGAGACCCACGAUCUCAGCUGUGCCUCACCAGCCACAAUAUCUCGCAUGGGCAUGAUCUUUCUCAGUGAUGAGGACAUUGAUGUUGGUGCUUUGGUGAAGUCAUGGUUGAUUUGUCAGCCAGAGGAGUGUCUCACUAAUCUAGAAAACUGGUUGGGAGACUACUUCCAACGAGCUUUGGACUGGGUACUCAAACAGAAUGAUUUUGUGGUGGAGACUAGUCUGGUGGGUACAGUGUUCAAUGGCCUAUCGCAUCUCAACGGUGUGACAGAGAGAGGUCAAUUCAUUGUUGGUCUUUUAAGAGGUUUGGGAGGAAACCUUAAUCUCAAAACACGGCAAGAGUUUGCAAAAGAGUUGCUGAGCUGGGCUAGGGAAAGCCCACCAGACCCCAAAAAACCACUGGAUACCUACUAUGACUUUGACAGUGGACAGCUGGCAGCCUAUGCUUUCUUGCGUCCUGAAGGUCUAACAUUGGAGCAGCUCUCUCAGACCCAAACACUACCAGUUAUUGAGACUCCGGACAUGCAGAGAGGUCUGCACUGCUUCUCCCUGUGGCUCACUGCUCAGCACCGGCAGCCUUUCAUGGUGGCUGGACCAGAGGGCUGUGGAAAGGGCAUGCUCCUGCGCUACGCCUUUUCACGGCUGCGAUCCACCCAAGUUGCCAUUGUCCACUGCAGUGCCCAGACCUCACCUCGCCAUGUCUUACAGAAGCUCAGUCAAACCUGCCUGCUGCUUAGCUCUAACACCGGUCGAGUCUUUAGACCCAAAGACUGUGAGAACCUGGUGCUCUACCUAAAAGAUAUCAACCUACCUAAACCUGACAAAUGGGGGACAAGCAGCCUCACUGCCUUUUUGCAGCAGGUUUUGACCUAUAAAGGAUUCUAUGAUGAAAACCUUGAGUGGGUGAGUCUUGAGAACAUCCAGGUGGUGGCCUCCAUGUCUACAGGAGGUGCUGUAGGGAGCCAUUCUCUCACCUCCCGCUUCUCCUCUAUAGUUCGUGUCUGCACAAUAGACUAUCCAGACAGGGAGCAGCUGCAGACUAUCUAUGCAGCGUACCUGCAGCCAGUUCUACAGCAUAGCCUAGGCAGCCAGGCAGCCUGGGCCAGUACAGGGAAAUCACACCAGCUGGCUGGGUCUCUUGUGCAGCUCUAUGAACAGGUUAAAACUAAGUUCACAGUGGACCACCACAGCCACUAUCUGUUUACCCCCUGCAUCCUCACAGAGUGGGUCCUCAGCCUGUUGCGAUAUGACCUUACUGCAGCUCAAUCUAAUGUGACAGACAGCGUGUUGGAGGUGGUGGCAUAUGAGGCCAGGAGGCUGUUCAGGGACCGGCUGGUUUCCUCCAAAGACCUUCACACAUUUGAUAACAUUCUGUCCUCUAUUAUCCGAGGAGACUGGGGCUCUGAUGCUCUGGACAACAUGACUGAUGGUUUCUACGUGACAUGGGGAGCCUCUGAGGGGGCUGUAAUGGCUCCAGGCCAGUCUCUACCUCCUCAUGGUAAACAGCUGGGAUGCUUGGAUUCAGCUGACCUAAAACAAGUUAUACAGAAGGGAGUGGUGCUGUACAGUCGUGAUAACAGGGAGCUGGAUCUUCUAUUGUUCUGGGAAGUGUGUGACUUUGUGUCCAGGGUGGACCGGGUGCUGAGCCGACCUGGUGGCUCUCUGCUUCUGGCGGGCAGGAGUGGUGUGGGUCGGCACACAGCCACGUGCCUGGUGGCACACAUGCAUGGAUACGUGCUGUUCACACCCAAAAUCUCCCGUGGUUAUAGCCUAAAGCACUUCAGCAAUGAUCUCAAGACAGCGAUGCAGCUGGCAGGUUUGGAGGGCCAUCAGGUGGUUCUACUGUUAGAGGACUAUCAGUUUGUUCAUCCAGCUUUCUUAGAAAUGAUCAACAGUCUGCUGUCAUCAGGUGAAGUUCCAGGUUUGUACUCACCAGAGGAGCUUGAGCCUCUCCUCUCCCCCCUAAAAGAUGCUGCUUCUCAAGAUGGAUUUACUGGACCACUCUACAACUACUUUUCAUACAGAAUCCAGCAAAACCUUCAUAUUGUUCUGAUCAUGGACUGCUCUAAUCCAAACUUCACCAUCAACUGUGAGAGUAACCCUGCUUUCUACCGCAAGUGUUCUGUACAGUGGAUGGAGGGAUGGUCAGAAAGCAGCAUGAAGAAGAUUCCUGAGCUGCUUCUGGCAAAAACAGAUGGAGGAGGUGAAGAAAAUGAAAGAGACAAGGCCUCAAAGGGGAAAAGCUCCGGUUCUCUACAAGGAGACCUAUGUCGCUUGUUCCUGAUGGUCCAUGAAUCGUGCAAAGAACGUGGUGCAACACCAAGCCAGUACAUGGCCUUCUUGCACGUUUACACUGCACUAUACAGCCGGAAACAAAGCCAGCUCACAACCAGACAGAAGCAUCUGCAGGCGGGUGUGUCCAAGCUGAAUGAAGCUAAAGCUUUAGUGGAUGAGUUGAAGAGGCGGGCUGCAGAGCAGAGUGCACUGCUAAAGAGUAAACAACAGGAGGCAGAUUCUGCCUUGCAGGAAAUCACCACCUCCAUGCAGAAUGCCAGUGACCAGAAGACAGAAAUGGAAAAGAUUAAAGGAAAAAUGGCUCAUGAAGUCUCCAAGAUUGAAGAGAGAAAAGCAAAAAUAGAUGAUGAGCUGAAGGAAGUACAGCCUUUAGUAGAUGAAGCAAAGCGUGCAGUUGGAAACAUCAAGCCCGAAGCCCUGUCUGAGAUUCGCUCCCUCCGCAUGCCCCCCGAUGUCAUCAGAGACAUCCUGGAGGGAGUACUGAGACUGAUGGGUAUCUUCGACACUUCCUGGGUCAGCAUGAAGAGCUUUCUUGCUAAGCGUGGUGUGAGGGAGGACAUUGCCACAUUUGAGGCCAGGAACAUCAACCCUGAGAUACGCCAGAGCGUGGAAGAGCUGCUCAACAGAAACAAGGCUUCCUUUGAUCCCAAGAAUGCAAAGCGUGCUAGUGCAGCAGCUGCUCCUUUGGCUGCCUGGGUCAAAGCCAACGUCCAGUACUCCCACGUCUUAGAGAAGAUAGAGCCACUGGAGAGAGAGCAGGCCGGACUCAUGGAAAACCUCAGGAAAACAGAGAGUAGGAAGAAUAAACUGGAGGACCAGCUGAACUCUGUUGGAGCCAAAGUCAACGAGUUGAAAGAGAAAUUUCAGUGUCACACAACAGAGGCUGCUAAGUUAGAGGCUGAGGUCUCAAAAGCACAGGAUACCAUCACUGCUGCCCAGCAGCUCAUCUCUCAACUGGAUGGAGAGCACACACGCUGGAACGCACAGAUGUCAGAGAUAAAGAAUGAAUUGGACACACUCCCUCUGAGGGCCAUGCUUGCUGCAGCCUUCAUCACCUAUCUGUCUGCAGCUUCUGAGGACCGUAGAAGAUGUUGUCUGGAGACUUGGAUGGCUCAAUCUGGAUUACAGAAGUUUGACUUACGGUCAUUCCUGUGCUCAGAAAGUGAGCAGUUGAUCUGGAAGAGUCAGGGGCUGCCAUCUGAUGAUCUCUCCAUGGAGAAUGCACUUGUCAUACUGCAGAUCAAUGCACUCAAACUACGGAGUGUUGCCUGCCCAUUCCUGAUUGAUCCAUCAUCCAGAGCUACAGAGUGGCUUCGUACACAUCUCAGUCAGCACAGACUGGAGGUUGUCAACCAACAGGAUAGUAACUUCAUAACAUCUCUGGAACUGGCAGUCAGAUUUGGAAAAACACUUAUCAUCCAAGAGAUGGAUGGAGUUGAGCCAGUACUCUACCCUCUGCUGAGAAAGGACCUCAUAUCACAAGGUCCUAGAUAUGUGGUUCAGAUAGGAGACAAAGUCAUUGAUUACAACGAGGACUUCCGUCUCUUCAUGGCAACACGGAAUCCCGCCCCCUUUAUCCCCCCUGAUGCUGUUUCCGUAGUUACAGAGGUCAACUUCACUACCACCAGGGCAGGUUUGCGAGGACAGCUGCUAGCAUUGACAAUCCAGCAGGAGAAGCCAGAAUUGGAGACUGAAAAGACAAGACUAUUACAACAAGAGGAAGACAAGAAGAUCCAGUUGUCUCAGCUAGAAGAAUCACUCUUAGAGACCCUGGCCACAGCUCAGGGUAAUAUUCUGGAAAACAGGGAGCUUAUAGACAGUUUGAACCAGACCAAGGCCAGCAGCGCCCUUAUCCAGGAGUCACUUUUAGAAUCACACAGGCUGCAGGCAUCCUUGGACCAGGAGAGGGAUGCCUACCUGCCUCUUGCAGAGAGUGCCAGCAAAAUGUAUUUUGUCAUCACAGACCUGUCGAGGAUCAACAACAUGUACCGCUUCAGUCUUGCAUCUUUUUUGCGCCUUUUCCAAAGAGCUCUUCAGGCUAAGAAGGAAGCAGAGAACACAGAAACCCGGAUUGCUGCUUUGGAGACCAGUUUGAAGUAUAUGGUGUAUGAGUACGUCUGCCGCUCACUUUUCAAGGCUGACCAGUUGAUGUUUGCUGUGCACUUUGUGAAAGGCAUGUACCCUGAGCUCUUCCAGGAGAGUGAAUGGGAUGUCUUCAAUGGAUCCAUCAUAGGAGAAAUGUUUAAGAAAGAGGACUUUCCUUCUUGGAUUGACCCUGAGAGACAAGGAGCACUGGCCAUUUUAAAAUCUACAUUCCCAGCUCUCUACCAGUCCCUGUGUUUGAUUGACUCAGACCUUUGGCUGUCCUUCUCGCAGAGCUCACAGUGUGAACAAGAAAUCCCAUCAUCCAUUGCCAAGAAAAUUACUCCCUUCCAGCAGUUGUUAUUGGUUCAGGCAGUCAGACCAGACCGACUACAGAGUGCUAUGGCAGCGUUUGCCACCCAGGCCUUGGGUAUAAAAGAGCUUUCCCCACCUCCUCUGAAUUUGCGGCGUCUCUACACCGAGACAUUAGAAUGGGAGCCAGUGUUGAUCAUUAUUUCACCAGGGGCAGACCCAUCCCAGGAACUUGCAGAGCUAGCAGCUGAAACCGUGGGCAGAGAAAACUAUCAUGAGAUCUCCAUGGGUCAGGGGCAGGCUGAUGUGGCCUUAGCUACUCUCAGAGAAUGUUCCCGAAAUGGAGACUGGCUUUGCCUGAAAAACCUUCACCUUGUCACUACAUGGCUGCCCUUACUGGAAAAGGAGCUCAAUGUGCUACAACCAAAACCAGGCUUCCGACUCUGGCUGACAGCAGAAGUCCACUCUAGAUUUCCCCCCAUACUCCUGCAGUCUAGCCUCAAGAUCACCUACGAGGCUCCUCCGGGUUUGAAGAAGAAUCUUUUGAGGACAUUUGAAUCUUGGACUCCAGAGCAGAUUAGUAAAGGAGGCAUCCUGGUCAGAUCUCAGUCUUUGUUCUGUCUGGCCUGGUUCCAUGCUGUCUGCCAAGAGAGACGCAACUACAUACCACAGGGUUGGACAAAGUUCUAUGAGUUUUCUUUGUCGGACCUCCGUGCUGGCUUUGAAAUAAUCGACAGGCUUUUUGAAGAAGGUAAACCAUUCCAGUGGGAGUUUGUCCAUGGCCUGUUGGAGAGUGCCAUAUAUGGUGGACGCAUCGACAACCCCUCUGACCUCCGCAUCUUACGCUCCUACCUGGAGCAAUUUUUCUCUGCAAAUCUCCUCUCGUCUUCUUUCUCAGCUGGUCAAAGAAAGAGUAGAGGUGGAACACGCUUCUUUCCACCUCAGAUCAGCCUCCCAAACUCCUGCUCUAUACUGGACUACCGCAGUGUUAUAGAGAAUCUCCCUGAGGAUGACAAACCUGCAUUCUUUGGUCUGCCUGCCAACAUCGAGAGAUCCUCUCAGAGAAUUAUCAGCUCCCAGGUGAUCUCCCAGCUCCGUGUUCUGAGCCGCUCAGUUGCAACAGGUUCAAAGUUCGACAGGGAGCUCUGGUCAAAUGGACUUUCACCCAUCCUCAAUUUGUGGAAGAAACUCAACACGGGCUCUCCUCUGAUUCACCAGAAGGUGGCUCAACCCUCAGAAAGUCAAGGGUCACCUGUCCUGUCAUUCAUCACUCUGGAGCAGUUCAAUGCCAUUCGCUUGGUCCAGGGUAUCCACCAGUCCCUGGCUGCUCUGAGCAAGGUCAUCAGAGGGAGCCAGUUGCUCACACCUGAUGUCCAAAAACUGGCUACUGCUCUGCUCAAUCAAGAGUGUCCUUUGACAUGGCAAAAUAAAUGGGAGGGGCCUGAAGAGCCGAUGCAGUACCUCAGAGCUGUUGUAACACGGGCUCUCGCCAUACAGAGUUGGGUGGAGCGUGCUGGCAGACAAGCUCUUCUAUCAGACACCCUGGAUCUAUCUGAGCUGUUCCACCCUGACACCUUCCUCAAUGCUUUGAGGCAGGAAACUGCAAGGUCCAUGGGCUGUUCCAUGGAUAGUUUGGUGUUUAUCUCAUCCUGGAGAAGUCCUAUCACACAGGCCAAGCUCCAAGUCAAGGUCAGUGGUCUCCAGUUGGAGGGUUGUAGUUUUGAUGGAGUUCAUCUUUGUGAGAAUCAGCACAACUCUCCCAGUGUGUCAGCUGUCCCCACCUGCUAUAUGGCUUGGGUGCCACAGAAUUCUUCUGCAGACUCCACUGCAUCAGAGGACAACAUCUGGCUGCCGCUGUACACCAACUCAGAGAGGGUGAAAGUGGUCACACACAUCAGUCUUCCCUGUGGAGCUAAUUCCAACCAGUGGAUACAGACCGGAGCGGCUCUCUUUCUCAAACAGCAGUGAAUAUAUGUCAUCUUAGUCAAGGCAAGCACAUUAAGACACUAAUGACAGAAGGCUUUUGUCGAGCACCGUUAGCCUCAGGGGAAGAUAAUAUUGUCAUGUGAAGGCGGAUUCGUCUGGGGCAGCAAAUAACUGAACAAAUUAUUAACACUUCAAAAUGUCAGUCUCUGAUACUGACACUAUCAUUUUCUAAUUAAGCACCUUGGCUUGGAGACCAAUAAACGCAGCCACUUCGUGUCACUAUCAUUUGCAUAAUAUGUUACAAGAGAAAAGAAGAAAACAACUGGUGAAUAAUUGACUCCAUCGUGGUCUGCUGUUUGGAUUAGUAUCAACACUAAUACACUCUUCCUUUCAUGGACCUGACAGCGAUAUAGAGCUGCUGAAAGAUCUUUAAUGGAAUGUAAAUGUAUUGUUUUAAUCUCAGGCUGUAACAAACCUUGAUAUCUCAGUCAUUGGUGUGCAAUACAUUUUGACUCAUCAAAUGCACUGCAUAAAUUUGUCAUUGUAUCAUUUCAGUUUCGCUAAAUUUGUCUUGAAAGUUUGUUCAUAGUUGCAAGAUGCAUGAG